AUGUCACAAUCCCAAGUCGAGGAGUUGUAUCCAAUUGCAUUGUUAAUGGACGAACUUCGACAUGAUGAUGUGGCUAGUCGUGUCCAAGCAAUGAAAAGAUUGGACACGAUCGCCAUAGCUUUGGGUCCAGAGAGAACACGUAACGAGUUGAUCCCAUUCUUAGAGGACGUGAUUCCUGAAGAUGAGGAUGAGGUGAUUGCGAUUGCUGCUGAAGAACUGGGCAAGUUUGUACCUUUUGUUGGCGGUUCUCAAUACGCCACGAUCUUGAUCCCGGUUUUGGAGAAAGUGUCUGCCUGCGAGGAGCCCAUAGUCAGAGAAAAGGCUGUGGAGUCGUUGAAUCAGAUAAGCUCGUCAUUGUCCAGUCAGCAGAUAACAAAUGAUUUCAUUCCAUUGAUCAGUAGAUUGGCAAAGGAAAGAUGGUUUUCAUUACAUAUAGCUGCAACUGGUUUGUUCAAGAGUGUCAUACUCAAAGUAUCCAAAAGUGAAAGAUUGGAGCUGAUGAAACUGUACUCAGAUUUAAUUCACGACGAUUCCCCUAUGGUUCGAAAAGCUGCCGGUAAAGAAUUACCUGAACUAAUCAAUAUUUUAUGCCAACAGUUCAACACUCCUGACAAUUUGGAGGACUUGAACUGGAACCUGAUCACCAACAUGUACGAAGCAUUGGUAAAUGAUAACCAAGACUCUGUUAAGUUCUUGAGUGUUGACGUCUUGAUUUCGAUAUUGCAAUUUCUGAAGAAAAUCAAUGAAACUUCCCAGGUCGAUGAUCUAUUCACAAGUUUGAUUACUUUGAUCAACGAUCCAAGUUGGAGAGUCAGAUAUAUGGUUGCAGAUAGAUUUGAUUCUUUGACGAACAACUUCAAUGACGAAAAAUAUACGCUGAAGUUGGUUCCAAAUAUCAUUUCGUUGAUGAAGGACAACGAGGCUGAAGUGAGAAAAGCGAUUUCAAAACAACUGCCAGGAUUUGCCAAGCUGGUCAACGCUGCAGAUAGCUCUAUCGUUUUGAAGGAAAUUGUGCCUGUUGUUAACCAGUUGAGCAUGGACGAGUCGGAGACUGUCAGAAGUGCUUUGGCAAGCGAAAUCACAGGAUUGGCACCAAUUUUAGGCAAAGACGCAACAAUCGAAUAUCUACUACCUAUCUUUGUUGAAAUGUUGAAAGAUGAAUUCAGUGAUGUUAGAUUGAACAUUAUUUCCAAACUACAGAUAGUCAAUGAAGUUAUUGGGAUCCAAUUGCUUUCUGAAUCUUUGAUGCCUGCGAUUACUGCGUUGGCACAUGAUAAAUUAUGGAGGGUCAGAUUGGCAAUCAUCCAACAAAUCCCGCUUUUGGCCGAACAGUUGGGUAUCUCAUUCUUUGACGAGACUUUAGGACAGCUAUGUAUGGAAUGGUUAUGGGAUCCGGUCUAUUCUAUCAGAGAAGCAGCAGUUGAGAAUCUGAGAAAGCUAACAGAGUUCUUUGGCGAAGACUGGAGUAAGGAUGAGAUAAUCAACAAAAUAUUGGAAAAGAGACAAACUAAAGAGUUUGACAAUUUCAUUUGCAGAAUAACAUGCCUUUUUACAUUUGACAACUUGAUUUCUGUAGUCAGCCCCGAAACUGUGAAGGAAUAUCUCUACCCCUUUGUGAACGAAAUGGCAGACGACAAGGUUCCAAACAUCAGAUUCAACGCAGCCAAAUCCUUAUAUCGUGUUGCUCAGUCCUUGGUCAAGAACUAUAAGGACAUAGUUCUUGAGGAGAUCAAGCCAACGUUGGAGAGGCUAACGGACGAUGAGGACGAGGAUGUUAGGUAUUUCGCACAGGAUAACUUGUCCAAACUCGAGGAACUUUUAUGA